CUUUCAAAUAAGUUGUGGAACAGGUACGGAGGAAGCUUGCUGAUGAAGUGCACCGAAUGAGUAAAGGAGGGAUCUGUGUAUACAGUAGCAACAUUUAAACAGUAAAAAAUAAAUAAAUACAUAAAUUACUAAAGAAAAAUAUCUGUGUAUAUCUGUGCAGUACCCCUAACAGCCAACAACUGCUCCCGUACGACAUCUCUGCAACUGAGCAGGUAAAAGAAAAGGUCACCAUGAAGGACAUCGCGAUAAAGGGCAUGGUCUUGGCCCACUGCAUCAUCGCUGUGUCCAUCGUCAUGGCAACGAUUGUCCCUGCUGUGCUGCUGGAUGACUACUCUGUGUACGGCACUCACAUGGUGUGGCUGUAUAUCUGCACUGUGGGCGUGGCUGCUGUCAACAUAGCUAUCUACACACUGCUGGGGGUCAGCCCUCCAGCCAAGAAGAAUACACUGAGUUACAAGGUGACUAAAGUCUCCAAAUCAUGUCUGUAUUUUAUGUUUUCCUGCCUGCUUUUCCAUGGGAUUGUUGUCUUGUAUGGAGCCCCGUUGCUUGAGUCGGCUUCGGAGACGUUUUCCUUUGCUGUCUUGCUGUCCACCUUCACAACUCUGCGCUGCCUCUGUAUACUGGGUCCCAAUGUUCAGGCCUGGAUUCGGGUGUUCAGCAGAAAUGGGGCAAUGUCGAUCUGGGAUACCAGUCUGCAGAUCACCACAGCCAGCAGUGUCAUUGGAGCCUGGCUGGGAGCAUUUCCUAUCCCCCUGGACUGGGAGCGACCCUGGCAGGUCUGGCCUAUUUCUUGUACGCUCGGAGCAACUCUUGGCUUUGUGGCCGGACUCUUCAUCGCACCGAUUUGGAUACAUUGGCACAGGAAGCAGCUGACGUACAAAAGCAAGUAAACAAGGCAAGGUGGCGGCUGAUCAGAGAUGCUGGGGGUCCCGAUACAUGCAGCCUGGGCCACGUUGCUGUCCAAUUUCAAGAGUGUGAAGCAGGGUGAUCAUGUUCGUCAGUCCAUCCUCUCCACUGUAGCAGCAGUGGACCAAGCACAUUUGUAGCAGUCUUGCAGACAAUAAAGCUGAUUUAUUAUUUAUAUUGAAAACAAGUCCCUACCGGUCAAUGGAGUCUGUUUCAAGGCUGAUGGCUUGCCUAUAUAAUGUGCUUGUGUCUGCUUUACUGGAAUAAAAAAAAACCGCGCCUGUGGUGUACUUGUAAAGGAAAUAAACGUCUUUGUAUGCAUGAA